AUGGUGUACAAUUCGUUGACCAAAGCUCCUCGCAACCUCAAGGAGGGCAUUGACUGGUUGAUAGCCCUGAGGGGAACUGAGGCUGACGACAACUUGACGGCAUUGGCUGAGGCGAUUCACAACUUUCUCGUAGACAAGCCCGUUGGCAAGAUGAAGGUGCCGGCUCUCGAGAAAGUAAAGCGUAUUUCUAAAACGUUCCUACGGAAUCCGGAUCUGGGGAAUCUGUGGCCUAUAAACGAGAUAGAGGCGAGAUUCGAAGCUCCUUUGAGUAAGCAUCCCUGCAUAAUUGCCAAGCUUCUUGGACUCGUCGACUACAGCGAUUAUAACAACGCCGUGCAGGGCAAGCGUCUCACCGCUAAAACCAUCGCAGAAAGGUUAGGUAAUGCUGUGAAUGGGUGUGAAAAGUUUCUGGAAAAUGUAAAAAUACCCGAGCAGUAUAAGUCUGCGUACAGCUCAAAAGCGACGUGGGCUAAGUCGUGCUCGAAAAAGCCGGAAGCUUGCGCUGUCCUAUUCGUGGGGAUUGCGCCAAUGUUAUACGCGGGCCUACGUUCUCUGCGCAAGGCGAGUUAUACUGCAACCCGGAGAAAUGCGCCGUUUACUGCGCAUGAUAACAUGGGUAAAAUAUUGAAAGCCCUGGGCUACGUUGAGCCGGAUUGCUUCACUGACAUGAAUGCGUCAAACGUAUCCCUGGCGUUGAAAGGUUUGAAUGCUCGGGCGUAUACCAUACUCUACGACCUCGCUGGAUUCUGGGCUUUUUAUUAA